AUGGGUCAGAGCAACGGCAAGCCCGUCGUCUUCACCGACCAAGUAAACCUCAACCACUUCCGACUGCUGCGAGUUGUUGGCAAGGGCGCAUUCGGCAAGGUGCGCAUCGUCGAGCGGAAAGACACGGGCCUCACUUUUGCGCUCAAGUACAUCCGGAAAGAUGAAGUGGUACGCUCCGAGAGUGUUCGCAACAUCAUUCGAGAGCGGCGCAUGCUCGAGCACUUGAACCACCCCUUCCUCUGCAACUUGCGCUACAGUUUCCAAGAUAUCGAGUAUCUAUACAUUGUGGUCGACUUAAUGAACGGCGGCGAUCUACGCUUCCACAUCUCGCGAAAGACGUUUACGGAAGAAGCAGUGCGCUUCUGGAUAGCCCAGCUGGGUUGCGCCGUGCGCUACAUCCACCAGCAGGGCAUCGUGCACAGGGACAUCAAGCCAGACAACGUGCUGUUGGAUUCCGAGGGCCAUGUCCAUCUGGCAGACUUUAACGUCGCCUCCGACUUCACGCCCCACAAGCCGCUGACGAGCAAGUCUGGCACGCUCGCCUACCUGGCUCCCGAAGUGUACGAAGGCAAAGGAUACUCGUGCGAAGUCGACUGGUGGUCACUGGGUGUGCUCUUCUACGAGUGCAUCUACAACAAGCGCCCCUUUGAGGCCAGCAGCCACGACUCGCUCGCCGCCAAGAUCUCCAAAGGAGAGCCCACGUAUCCUGUUACCAGCCCGCCUGUGUCGAUGCCCUGUCUGCAUGCCAUCAGCUCGUUGCUGGAGAAGGACCGGAAGAAGCGCAUAGGCGCCAUUGGCUUCGAGUCCUUCACAGACAACCCCUUCUUCCGUCCCCUUGACUUCGUCGCCCUGGAGCGGAAGGAGAUCCCACCCGUCUUUGUCCCGUCGAGCGACAAGACCAACUUUGACGCGACCUACGAUCUAGAGGAGUUGUUAUUGGAAGAGGCACCACUGGAGGCGAGAGCGCGCAGACAGAAGCCCAGAGAAGCGCUCAAGGAUGAUGCGACCGAACAGGAGAUACGGGCAGAGGAGCUCCACAAGAUGAUUGAGACUUUGUUUGAGCCUUUCAACUACACAACGGCUGCAGACCAGCGGCCUCCAGCUGCUGUAGCAGUGGCAGAUCCCCAAGACUCGGUCGGCGGCUCAAGAGCGAGUAAUACAAGCCAGCCGGACAACGCUCCCACAUCUGCAGCAGGGCAGCAGGUAGACCCAUGGGGGCGCCCAGUCGCGCCGACCAACAAGUCCCAGGACGGCGAUCUCCAUCCUACCCGCUCCGCUACUACCGCCCGAUCAACGCAAUCGCCCAACGGCAGCCCUCCGCUUGCCACGAACAUUCUGAACCAGACCGCCAACACUGGAUCACCCACAUCGCAGCGUGGCGAGCAUGUCGAUUAUUUCCCCCAUGACGGCUCCGAGAUUCCGACGCCCUCAUUCUCCCGCCCUAUAAAUAACCGCCAGCGCGGAUCACAGCGCAGCAUCAGCACAACCGGAGGCGUACAGGUAGUUCUCAAUGAGCAUGGCUCCUGGACCGAGAUGGCUAACCAGAGUUCCGCCCUCGUACAGAAAGAUGCACACGCCGAGAAACCGUCUGGCAUGCUCGGCUUCCUCAGUCGCAAAAAGGGUCGGGACAGGAGCCCCAAGGCCAAGGAGCGCGGUGUGCUGGGCAAAGAGGGCGCCAGAGUCAUCAUCAGCAACACUUGA